UUCAUAGUUGAUUAGUUUUGUAGGUGUCGGCUGUGAGAUACCGAGAAAUCGAGAAUCAAACAAGUAAAGAAACUGACAAAGAGAGAUAAGAGAUACUGCUGAAUCAGUUGCUCUGUCACGCAACUCCUCCACCAGGUGACUCUCAUUCUAGGGAAGGUCGUUUCUGCAUUUCGCUCUCAUAUAUCAUUAUUUAUCAUAAGCUCUCUGAAUGAACAUGAUUAAACCAAUUCCUAACUAGUGUUUCAUCAUCAUCACUAUGGAAUCUCUCUUCCUCAAAACCACGCUACUCCAGAAUCAAACAUUCUUGCAGCAGGAGGUGGCAGUGGGCACGGAUUUGACAUGGCUGGUGGAGUUUCUGAAGGGCAUGGUGAAGCCAGUGGCCGCCACAGCGGUGGUGUUUCUGGCCGUGGGGUUGUCAUUCUGGCAGAAGCUUGGCCUGGAGGUGGAGAUGGUUGUAGCGGUUAUCAGAGCAUUUAUUCAGCUCUCUAUUAUUGGCUUCGUGUUGCAGUUCAUCUUCAACCAGGACAACGCAGGAUGGAUCCUUCUAGCUUACCUUUUCAUGGUGUCUGUUGCUGGCUACACGGCGGGGCAGCGUGCUAAACAUGUACCUCGUGGAAAGUAUGUGGCUGGGGUUUCUAUUUUGACAGGAACUGCAGUGACCAUGUUCUUGCUGGUGUUGCUGAGUGUGUUUCCUUUCACUCCCAGGUAUAUCAUUCCCAUUGCUGGCAUGAUGGUUGGCAAUUCCAUGACAGUAACUGGAGUUACCAUGAAAAGACUCCGGGAUGACAUUAAAACUCAGACAAACUUGGUUGAGACAGCUUUGGCUCUUGGAGCAACUCCACGACAAGCAACACAUCAGCAAGUGAAAAGGGCUCUGAUCAUAGCACUUUCUCCUGUAGUGGACAACACCAAAACAGUGGGUCUGAUCUCUCUUCCUGGGGCAAUGACUGGUCUCAUCAUGGGAGGGGCUUCCCCAUUAGAAGCCAUUCAGCUACAGAUUGUGGUCAUGAAUAUGAUGAUUGGUGCAGCAACUAUGAGUAGCAUGAUGGCUACAUACCUCUGUUGGCCAGCAUUCUUCACCAAAGCCUACCAGUUGGAAACCAAAGUCUUCUCAAAUUGAUUCCACCUAACAUGAGUUAGACCCCCUUCAAAUCUCCAUAGAUCAGAGAUCCAACCUUAGAAGCCCACAUUUUCUUUUAAUCAUUCAUGAUGACUUUAGGAUGAUAAGUUUGUUUCUAGAACAAAUUUUGAUUAAACAAAGUCCACAAAAGUUCUGAAGGUUGUGUUGAUAUAAUUUCUAUAUGGACAAUGAAUUGAUAAAAUUAAAGAUAA